CGCUGUUCUCUGGCUAUAUACGUUAUUGGGUGUAAACAUUUGGCGCUCAGCGCAAUGAAUUUCGAUGGCAUCAAUAUACCCCGAACUCUAGUGCCCCAUAACUAUUUACAGCUGGCACUAGCAGCGCGGCGAGGCAGCCAGCGACAAGUAAAAGAACUGCUGGAAAAGCGUAAAUUGCCUGAGCUAGGCUGGCGGGAUGAAGAGAUCGAGCAGCUGGUGCACCAGCUGGCAGCACUAGACAGCAACAAUUUUGCACACAAUGUGGGCCUGGGUGAGCGAGAGGCACGUAUUGCAUGCAAACUUGUAGCGCGGAGACAUUAUAACUUUGGUCACGGCAUUGGCCGGUCGGGAGAUUUGCUGGAAGCACAGCCAAAGGCAGCCGGCUCAACAUUAAUGGCCAAUCUGACAAACGCUAUGCUUUUGGAUCUGUUGCAUCUGCUGGGCCUACAAAGCUGUCACGGAUGCUUUCUAGUUCCCUUGGCCACCGGCAUGACGCUGACCUUAUGCUUACAGGCGCUUCGCAAAAGUCGGCCGAGUGCAAAAUAUGUUCUCUGGUCACGCAUCGAUCAGAAAUCUUGCUUCAAAGCAAUCACAGCCGCCGGUCUGGAGCCCAUUAUAAUACCCCAUGUAGUGCUGAAGGAGGAACAGGCAUUGGCCACCGAUUGCCAAAAGUUUGAGCAGCGCAUCCAAGAACUGGGUGCCGACAACAUACUCUGCCUGUACAGCACCACGAGCUGCUUUGCGCCGCGCAAUUGCGACAACAUUGUGGAGCUGGCACAACUAGCCAAACGUGAGUCUGUACCGCAUCUCGUAAACAAUGCCUAUGGACUUCAGUGCGAGGCAAUUACCAGCCAGCUGGAGAGAGCACAGCGCGUCGGUCGCAUUGAUUACUUUGUCCAGAGCACGGACAAGAACCUAAUGGUGCCCGUUGGCGGCGCCAUUGUGGCCGGCUCAGAUGCUCAGCUCUUACAGCAGCUGGCCAGCAGCUACGCGGGUCGAGCGAGCAGUUCCCAAACACUGGAUGUAUUCAUGACGCUGCUCUCACUGGGUCGCAAUGGCUAUCAGACGCUGCUGCGCGAGCGUCAACAAAACUUUGAAUAUCUCAAACAGCGAUUGCAACAAUUUGCCGCAGAGCACAAUGAAAUUGUGCCACAAUGCAAAAAUAAUCACAUAUCACUAGCACUCACGCUAAGUACACUCAACGAGGUAGACAACAGCAUCACCCAACUGGGCGCCAUGCUUCAUGCACGGGGCGUCUCCGGCGUACGCGUCGUAAACGUUGGGCAGACUAAAUCCAUUGAUGGCCAUGAAUUCAAACAUUUUGGUUCGCAUCGCGAGCUGCUGCAGACACCGUAUUUAACAGUAGCUGCGGCUCUGGGCGUACAUCGACCGGAAAUAGAUAAGUUUUUCGCAAUAUUGGACAAAUGCUGGACGCAGUAUAAGAAAACAUCAGCUUAGCAUUU